GUUUCAUUAUAGGAGUUUGAUCUUGUAGUAGAGAGAGUUGUAGCAGAGUUUGAUCUUUUAAGCUAAGUCUCAUGCUCAUCUAGGUGUAAGACAACAAAUAUAAACCGGAUUUAACCGACUAAAACUGUUAGGGAGAAGAGAUAAACCGGAAUUUGGUUUUUGGCUUAUAUAAACGAAACCAAUUGGAAUUAAACCUCAAUUCCUUCGAAAAGUUCACUCACUUCAACUCUCGGUUUAUGAUGCAAGACCAUGUUAACAAUCAUGCUCUUCUUUAAUCUCAUAGAUUGUUUCCCUCAGAUCAAGAACUAAGAAUUAAAUAAACCGGUUAUGGUUAUGGUUAGUUAGUUGGCUAUAUAAACAGAAACAAAGAUUGAAUAAAAAUCGCAAUUCAAUCUUUUAUUCAUUCUCAAGUUUCCUUUUUUUAAUCUCUCUGUAGUCUUCUCUUUCAAACUAAACUCCAUGACGACUAACCUUUCUAACGGCGACGAACCACCGCAAGAAACCAUCCAACCGCCGAUGUCAUCGCCGUCAUCGUUUACGUCACUGCCACGCGAAAUGGUAUUAAACGUCUUAGCCCGCGUACCAAAACGGUUAUACCCAAUCCUCUGUUGCGUCUCCAAGAACUUGCGUAGUCUUGUUCGCUCGGCUGAGAUUCAAAAGACUCGAUCUUCCCUCGGAAAAGAUUCUCUUUAUAUCUGCGUCAUGGACGAAACUAUGGAUGAAGAAUAUAUGCGUACUCGGACUUAUCAAUGGUUCAGUCUCCGCAGGGUUGAGGACAGUACGACCGAGAAUGUCUUCGUCUCCGUCGAUUUCUCUUUCCUUCCCGAGCCUUGUCGUCGCUCUGCUUCCGUCGUCGCCUUUGGUCCUAAGAUGUUCUUCAUUCCCGGAACUAAUCAUCGCUCAUCAAGCUUUAGGAUCUUUGACACCCAAUCUGGAAAGGUUCGUCAAGGACCUAGUUUGCUAGUGAACCGAACGUAUAAUUGCGUAGCACUAGUUGGGGGUAAGAUCUAUGUGAUUGGAGGAUGCAGAGAAGACGAGCUUACAGCGGAAAGCUUUGAUCUAAAGACGGAAGCUUGGGAAAGAGCUCCGAGUCCCCAUGAAGAAGAUAGUCGCAUAUGGAUUCAUGGGACAGGUGCUCCACUAGACAGAAAGGUUUGUGCUGUAAGCUUAUUUGGAGGCCUGACAUGUUACGAUACUAGAGAUGGUUCUUGCGAGACAUCUGAGUUGCCUUUUGGAAAAUGGUGGAACACAGGAGUGUGUGUUAUAGACAAUGUGCUCUACGUUUACUUCUUUCGUUUCGGUUUAAUGUGGUAUGACACUGAACUGAGGCUAUGGAGAGUGGUUUUUGGUUUGGAUCUUGGCGAAGCUCAAGGCGUUGCAAUGGCUGAAUACUAUGGGAAGUUGGCGCUUCUAUGGGAGAAACCAAGUCAUUUUUGUCGUGGAAGCAAAGAGAUUUGGUGUAGAAUGAUUGGCUUGGCUAGGAGUGAAGAAGGAUUCAAUGGAGCUGCAGAACCCUCCCAACUUCUCAGGAUUGUUCCUCGCACCUUUAGUUUUCACCAUUGUCUGUCGGUUGGUUAACUCGAGAUCUAUUGUUGCUUAGUACUUUCUUUGGUACUGCCUACUGUGCAAUGAUUGUUUUGGAUAGGAGUGAAGUAAGGAUUCAUUUGACUGUAAGUAGAACCAUCUCAACUUCUUGGUAUUGUUCCUCGAGGCUCAUAUAGAUUGCAGCAUUGUCUUUCUCCUUUAGUGUUAUACACGAGAGACAUAUUGUGGAUACAUCAAUACGGUUUGUUUACAAGAUUAUGAAUGUGCUGAUGCGUUUACUUCUUCAGCUCUUUAAUUAGUCAUUAUCGUUGCGGUUUCAGCAACUUGCUCUGUUCCACCUAAUCUAAAUUGCAAGAUACUGUACAUUAGCAGUUAGCAAGUUUGUGUGUUGAUGUGUUUCUCUUGUCCCUGUCUACUAAACCGAUUCAAAUGAAAACCAAAACUGUGUAUCUACUAAACCAAACAGAACAAAAUGUCUGAGAGGCUCCUCCUAUCACUGCCGCGUACAUUGUAGUCAAGCAUCUGCAAAGAGAGGCACCAAAUCAGC